GGUCAACCUGCUAUUUAUAUCUUUAUCAACAACACGCAGUUCGCUCUGUAUAUCUGACAGUAACUUAGAUUGUUCUGCUGUACACGUAGCACGACGAUGAGGUUCCUUCUACUGGUGGCGUUGGCGGCGUUGUUCCUGGUGGUGAGCGCCGACUUCCUGCAGCUACUGAAACACAUCACGCACCAGGACUACUUUCACAAACUGCCCGCGGGGGACCAGGUGAUCCUCGUGGAGCUGGUGGCGGAGGGCGAGAUCGGUCGCCUGUCUGAGUACAUCCACAAAGUUGGGCCGCAGAGGAUCAGACAGAUUGCUAAUAGCUUACCACAACACGAAGAGCAGCUCCUUGUGCAUUACAUACAGCAGCACGUGCACCAUCCAAACACGACCGCAUCAACAUAACGUCAGCAACAUGCCACCUCGGCUACAUGCUGCAACUGCACGUGUGGUAAUAAAGGCAUCCUACGUC